GAAACCACCCAGCGCGGCCGCGACGUGACGAUUCAAGAUGGCGAAAGACCUGGAUGAGCUGUUAGACGAGGUUGAGUCCAAGUUUUGCAGACCAGGCCCACUGAGACUGGGCAUGGUCGAGCGGCCCAGUGGCGGCGGCAGCAGGAGCCUCAGCAGCGACCGGAACCGAGCCGAGGCGAAAGAGUCUCUCAGAUCAACAGAAACGUUUAGAAAAGAGGAUGAUCUUGACAGGCUUAUUAAUGAAAUAUUUGAAGAGCCCAACUUUGACAAAAAACCCAUUAAAUUAAAAUCUAAAUCUUCAGGUAACACAUCUGUCAGAGCUUCCAUUCAAGGCCUUGGUAAAAGUGGGCUGUCUAGCUGCAGCCCAGUGUACCUUGGUGGAAGCGCUGCUCCAUGUGGGAUUGGGACCAGUACUUCACAGAGAACAUGUGACCAUCUGCGUUGUAUAGUGUGUGAUUUCUGGAUAGUAAGCUACGAUGACUACAUGUGGGAUAAAUCAUGCGAUUAUCUGUUUUUCAGGAACAACAUGCCAGAAUUCCACAAAUUAAAAACAAAGUUGGUAAAGAAGAAAGGAACGCGGGCAUAUGCUUGCCAGUGUAGCUGGAGAACUGUUGAAGAACUGACUGACCUUCAGACCGAGCACCAGCUUCGUUGGGUUUGUGGUAAACAUUAAGAAUGCAGAAUUUUCACAUUCAGACAGAUGCAUCCAUGAGAGCAGUCUCCGUUAAUCAUCAUAAUAUUUAGGUAAAGGUACAUAGCAGUAUUGUGCCCUUUGGAAAAAGAUGGGAAAUUUCAUUUGAUGACUGUACGAAUUUUCAAAGAUCAAAUGGACUUGGCAAGAAAAUGCACUUUAACAUUUUGGAACUAUUCCUUUGUUGAUAUAUGGACACUUCACUUAGUAAGUAAGGUAACAAGUUAUCCAAAUUCUUCUUUGCUAGCCUAUCUCCUGUUAAAUGGAAGUUUAAUUAUGGAUUUUCAUACAGAUAUGUAGCCAUUUGUUAGCAACUGCAGUACUACUGACUGCUAAAAUGCUUAGCGUAAACAUUCCUCGUUUAUAGCAUUUAAAGGGGAUAAAGCCACCAGUGCAGAGAGGUCGUUGAGGAGUGUGUACAUCACCUCCUCAAGUCUGUUGUUGCCAAAGAUCAUAAUUUAGACAUGGCAGAAACCAAGUGAUCUAACUAAAGGUUUUUGGGGGGUACACAUGUAUUGUAAACGAAAAUACUGCCUAUAUCUGACCUUACCUUACCAACUCAAAGUGACAUUAUACACAGUAAUGAUAAGUAUAUAUUGCCAGUUUUAGCUUAUUUCUCCUCUUGUUCAUUUACAUAUGAGAAGUUAUUUAGUUUGCUACUUUAGCGAAUAUACAUUUAUAUAUUAAAAAAUUUUUUUGAUGUACCUAAAAUCACAAGGAAAAGUCCUAAUAUAGACAGGUCAGUUUUGGAUUUUGCAAGUACUUUCUAGCCUUUAAUGCCUAAAACUCCCAUCAAGUAAAGUGAACAGCAAGUACGAUAUUUUCUUAGGUAGCUGUUGAUUUUUCUGGUAGGAUCAGAUUGACAUAUUGUUUAUCAGAUGAAUGCAUGAAAAGAGAAAUAAGACUGAGACUUGAGGAACCCUACAAAGCAGCACAUCCAGGAAAUCAGUUACCUCAAAGUUACCAGUUCCUAGCCCCAUCAAGAGAUUCUGGGGGCUUUCCAAUCUGCCAGAAGCUCUUCACCACAUGUGUCUAAUGUAUAGUUCAAAUGUGUGACGCAAGGCAUGUUGAAAGGGAGUAACUGAAACAAAGUUAUGAUCUACUUUAAUAUGUUGAAUCCAUUCCAGCCACCCUACUUAAGCAAAGAAGGAAAAUCUGGUCAUUAAAAUUCUUUUCCUAGCCAUGACACAUUUGCAUAUGUGUGAAACUUAACUCUAGUAAGUCUAGCAUUGCAACAGAACAAAUCUCAUAGUGGCAAAUGCCACGUUUGUAUUUUUAUAUUAAGAAUAUGUUUACAGAUCUUAUCUUUCAAUAAAAAUUUUUUACUCCCUAAGAUUUUAUCUCAGUGUAAUUGUGUCAGAAACAUAGGGGGAUUUGGAUUGAAGUCCCCUAUUCCAAAAAAUAGCGGAGCAAUAAGACCCACACAUUCAGAACCCCAUGGAAUUUGGCACAUUAGUGAUAAUGGUGAUGUUUUCUUUUUAUUCAAAUGAGCAAAUUUACUAAAUCAUUAAUUUGAAAAUAUUUUUUUCUCUUUUAUUAUUUCAUCAUAACCAUCCUAUAACUUGGAUACAUUUCUCAUGUUUAGCAUUCCAUAACAUAGUAAUUAUAAUAAUAAUUCCCAAAUGUCAGAAAUGUAUAUAUGGGGCCGGCCCCAUGGCUUAGCGGUUAAGUGCGUGCGCUCCGCUGCUGGCGGCCCGGGUUUGGAUCCCGGGCGCGCACCGACGCACCGCUUAUCCGGCCAUGCUGAGGCCGUGUCCCACAUACAGCAACUAGAAGGAUGUGCAACUAUGACAUACAACUAUCUACUGGGGCU